AUGGCUUCUUUCGAAAAUCGCGAAGCGGAUGGCGUGAAACCAGUAGAGGUACAAGGGCUUGACGAUUUAAUUGCUAAUCGCGUCAAUUUCCGUAACCUCGCGAAUAGAAUCGAACGCUUUAAUAGUAUCAGUAAAGUGACGAGCCAGAAAAUCUCGACUUCUUUGCGAUCUCUCGGUGAUUUAUCAUUUGACAUCGCCUCGGAUCUCGACGAGAUGGUUAACAAGGGUGAUCGAUUUUUAUUACAUUUUCAACGAGAUGUUCGUGCAAUAAAAGAUACACUUAUAUCGAAUAGCCGAGGAAUUAAAGCAGCAAUUGUCAUUGAACAUUUGGAAAAAAUUUUAAAACUUGUUAAUAAUCUCGAGAAUCACGUACGAAAAGUGAAAUCAAAUGUUCUUCUUGGAUUGAAUGUUCAAGAUAAAGUUGACCGAUUAUUAUUGGAUGGAAAAGAUGAGAGCCAAAAAUUUCAUGAAAAUCGCAUAGUGUCACCAUUUUUCAUAUUUUUUUUUGGCGGAUUAGAAAAUCAAGAAAUUCACAGUGUCGAUGUGACGUUAAACUUAAUGAAAGUGCUUGGGGAUCAAUUGAAUAUUUUGGAUGUCAAUUUAUUGAGAUUUGAGAAGCGUCUUUCUGAUAUCGUGACCGAAUUGAAGAAUAUAGAUGAUGGUUUGGCAUAUACGUUGGAUGAUAUCGAGCUAUUGGAAGAUGCGGUCGAAAAAGCUAGAAUUGGCUCGAAUGCGUUUAUUAAAAAAAUGAAGGUUCCAUCUCAGGAAAAACCUGACGACAGCUUAGUUACACUAGUAUAG